CCGGCGAUGACAGUAGAACCAAGUCAGUCUAAGGUAAAUGUGAUCGAAAGAAUUCAAACGUAUCUUAAAACACUGUCCUAUUUCCCGUGAUUCCGCGCGUUUCCAAUGGCAGAGUCGAGGGGAGAUUAUAAGGAUUUAAUGUUGACGUUGAGGGAUUAGUGGUCCAGGGGAAACAGUUACAGACCCAGAAUGAAACAGGCAAUGCUUUGGCAAUGAUGUCGGCGCUGUAGUCUGAAGGAGACUGUAAGACGUCCUGCAGGAAAAGCUAUGAGUCAAUUUCGGGCGUUAGCGGGUGUGCUGAGGAGUGGGUGUGUUGGGGGGAGUCAGUGGCUGCGUGCAUGUGGAGGGGCCCCGACCAGACGCUCGGCUGGUCCCUGGAGAGGCUGCUCCUCCGGAGCUGCGCCUGUUGGCUCAGCAUUGGCCAGCAGCUCCAGCUAUGUUGAGGAGAUGUACUUUGCCUGGCUGGAAGAUCAUAAAAACGUCCACGAGUCUUGGGACGCAUUCUUCCGUAACAUCCAGGCCUCCAGUCCGUCUGGUGAGGCGGGCGAGAGACGCCCCUCCACUCUGCUCCAGGGCAGAGUGUUGUCCCACUCACCAGACAUGGCACAGAAAGUGGUGGAGGACCACCUGGCCGUGCACACUCUCAUCAGAGCGUACCAGAUUCGUGGCCACCAUGUUGCCCAGUUAGACCCUUUGGGAAUCCUGGAGGCUGACCUGGACUCCUUCGUUCCCUCCGACCUGAUCACCAGCAUCGAUAAGUUAGGUUUCUACGGUCUUGACGAGUCUGAUUUGGAUAGGAGCUUUCAGCUGCCCUCCACAACCUUCAUUGGAGGAGGAGACACCACUCUUCCUCUUAAAGAAAUCAUACGCAGACUAGAGACAUCCUAUUGUGGUCACAUCGGAGUCGAAUUCAUGUUCAUCAACAACGUGGACCAGUGUCAGUGGAUUCGUCAGAAAUUCGAGACUCCAGGAAUCAUGCAGUUCACUAAUGCUGAGAAGAGGACUUUGCUGGCCCGCCUGAUCAGAUCCACAAGAUUUGAGGACUUUCUGGCAAGAAAGUGGUCAUCAGAGAAACGUUUCGGUCUAGAAGGCUGUGAAGUGCUCAUCCCUGCUCUCAAAACCAUGAUUGACACAUCGAGCGCUGCCGGCAUUGAGUCCAUGAUCAUGGGGAUGCCUCAUCGGGGUCGACUGAAUGUCUUGGCCAAUGUGAUCCGUAAAGAACUUGAUCAGAUUUUCUGUCAGUUUGACCCCAAAUUAGAGGCAGCUGAUGAGGGUUCGGGUGAUGUGAAAUACCACCUGGGAAUGUACCACGAGAGGAUAAACCGUGAGACAGACAAUAACAUCACACUGUCACUCAUGGCGAACCCGUCCCACCUGGAGGCGGUGGAUCCAGUGGUUCAGGGCAAGGCCAAAGCUGAGCAGUUCUACAGAGGAGACAGUCUGGGAAAGAAGGUGAUGUCCAUCUUGAUUCAUGGUGAUGCUGCUUUUGCUGGACAAGGAGUUGUGUAUGAGACUUUCCACCUGAGUGAGCUCCCCUCCUACACCACACAUGGUACAAUCCAUGUGGUGGUCAACAACCAGAUUGGCUUCACCACAGACCCUCGAAUGGCCCGCUCCUCGCCCUACCCCACUGAUGUGGCUCGAGUUGUCAAUGCACCCAUCUUCCAUGUGAACGCUGAUGACCCUGAGGCUGUCAUGUAUGUGUGCCGGGUGGCUGCAGAGUGGAGGAGCACCUUCAACAAGGACGUUGUCAUCGACCUGGUUUGUUACAGGCGGUUUGGCCAUAAUGAGAUGGAUGAGCCCAUGUUCACCCAGCCGCUGAUGUACAAACAGAUCCGUCGGCAGGAGCAUGUGCUGAAAAAGUACUCCGACAGGCUCAUUGCGGAUGGAGUGGUGACGCUGCAGGAAUUUGAGGAAGAAGUUGCCAAAUAUGACAAGAUAUGUGAGGAGGCAUACACCAGCUCCAAGGAUGAAAAGAUUUCACACAUUCGACACUGGCUUGACUCCCCAUGGCCAGAUUUUUUCACAGCACAGGGAGAGCCCAAGAGCAUGAGCUAUGUCCCAACAGGACUGGACGAGGAGGUUCUGCAGCACAUUGGCCAGACAGCCAGCUCAGUGCCUCUGGAAGAUUUUAAGAUCCACCCCGGUGUGUCUCGAAUCCUGCGCGGUCGCGCUGACCUGGUGAAAAACCGGCAGAUGGACUGGGCUCUGGGAGAGUACAUGGCCUUUGGUUCCCUUCUCAGAGAUGGCACCCAUGUACGACUCAGCGGGCAGGAUGUAGAACGAGGCACCUUUAGUCACCGUCAUCAUGUUCUGCAUGACCAAGAGGUGGACAAACGCACCUGUGUUCCCAUGAACCACCUGUGGACCAACCAGGCUCCUUACACUGUUUGCAACAGCUCCUUGUCAGAGUAUGGCGUGCUUGGUUUUGAGCUCGGCUUCGCCAUGGCCAGUCCGAAUGCUCUGAUCCUGUGGGAGGCCCAGUUUGGAGACUUUCACAACACAGCCCAGUGUAUCAUUGACCAGUUCAUCUGCCCGGGGCAGGCCAAGUGGGUCCGCAACAAUGGGAUUGUCCUGCUGCUGCCACAUGGGAUGGAGGGAAUGGGUCCAGAACAUUCAUCAGCUCGACCUGAACGCUUCCUGCAAAUGAGCAAAGAUGAUCCUGAUCACUUCCCUGAGUUCAGUGGAGAUUUUGAAGUCCAGCAGCUAUAUGACUCUAACUGGAUUGUGGUCAACUGCUCCACGCCUGCAAACUAUUGUCAUGUGCUCAGACGGCAGAUUCUGUUGCCAUUCAGAAAACCGCUGAUCAUUUUUACUCCAAAGUCUUUGCUGAGGCACCCUGAUGCAAGGUCCAGUUUUGACGACCUCGCUGAAGGCACUAAAUUCAAGAGGUUGAUUCCAGACGAGGGCCCUGCAAGUCAGAACCCAGCCCAAGUGAAGAGGGUGAUUUUCUGCACCGGCAAAGUCUAUUAUGAACUGGCUAAAGAGAGAAAACGGCAAAAACUGGAGAAAGACAUGGCCAUCAUCAGACUUGAACAGAUUUCUCCAUUCCCCUUUGACCUGGUCAGAGCAGAGACAGAAAAAUACAGCAAUGCUGAGCUGGUCUGGUGUCAGGAAGAACACAAGAACAUGGGUUACUAUGAUUACGUCCGGCCGCGUUUUCUCACAGUGGUGGCCAACAGGAGGCCCAUUUGGUAUGUGGGACGUGACCCUGCGGCUGCUCCUGCGACGGGGAACAAGUCGACCCACCUCAAUGAGCUGAAGAGGUUCAUGGACACAGCUUUCAACCUGAGCGCCUUCCACGGGAAGGAUUCGUAGUUGAGAAUUGGAGCAAGACUGGAGGUGCAGUUUCAUCUCCAAACAUAAUGGUCUAUUUAUUAAGUCUUUCUUCAAAUAAUUUUAGGUUUGUGACAAUCUGGAACAAAGCCUUUUUAAUUAACGUGAUUUUAACUCCUAAUGAGUACAAGAUAAAUCGGCAACACUAACUGACCUGGUUCAAACAGCACAAUAUUCAUGUCUCUUGAGAUGGUCACUAUAUAAUAGCAUAGAGCAGAAUAGAAAUACUUUAUUAAUCCUGUGAGGGAAAUUGUUUGUGUCAGAUUAAGUGACCAUUGAUCAAUUCUGAUCAGUCAUAACUGUUGGUCUUCCACGACCUGCAAUAAUGAUGAUGUGAGCAGUAUUUUGUAGCACAGCUACAGAAAAGGCAAAAAUUUUGAAUGCACUAGUCCUUCCUGGGCCUUGCAAGUAUCUUAAAUGUGGCUUGUCCUCCACUGUGACAAGGGAAACACGCACAAAUUGUUGUGCCUGUCCAUGCCCCUAGUCUAGUGAAAUCUUGCCAUUCUUAUUUAUGCAUCCCAACAUCACCCUUGAUCACCAUACGGUUGUUUUUGGACCGAUAUAAGUAGCAGCUUUACCGGAUCAGCACAAAUUCAAUUAACACUGUUCAAUGCAGGGCCUAUAUCAGGGCUUUAACAGAAUAAAUAUGUAUACACCACAAAAACUUGUGUAAAGAGAAACAGACACAAGUUUUUUAAGCCUCUAAACCGUUUUUCACCUCCCAAACCUUCAAAAUAAAAGAAAAUAUUACACAAACAUUAAAUAUAUGUAAUAUAAUUAUCACCUAGUUGUGUGGUGAAGUAGCAACGAUGCACUUGUGACAAUCACUGUUAUUAAAGUAGCUUUAAUACUGCAGAUACCUCCAUUGCUGCCAUGCCGGAUACUCGUAUAUAUUUGUAGUAGAGUUGUAUUUAUAUAGAUUUUUGUAGAUGAAGAGCAGAAGCUACGAGACGCACACAAAACACUAACUGGUGUAUUUAAACAAUGAAUGUGAAGCACAUAUCACAGGUAUGAAGACUGUUUUGAAAUUUAACACAUCAGUAGGUUUAGUGCCUGUGUUCGCUUUGGCUACCUUAGCUGUUAGUGAAGGAGUGUGUGUUUAUUGUCACACUUCACUUCACCAGGAGACAUGAGCCAGCUGGCACAGAGACUCGCAGCCAUGUUUUCUUCUUAGGACAUAAGGCUCGGCUUCCUCUUCGGUGGCUGAGGGAUGCACACUCAUAAACACGGCAAAAGCUUUGGAUGAUUUGAGAGCAAUAUUGAUGCUUGGGAGUCACAUGAAAAUCCCCAGGUAUUUAACAGAACUGAUAUUAGUUACCAGUGUGCUUAGAAAUGUUCCCUUAAAUGAUCUUUCCUGUUUAGCAACCACACUGUAGCUUACCUUUUCCACUUCUAGCUGGGAGAUUUAACAAUAAGCUAUGCACAAACAUUAUUUUACAUAUCUAAUUGCUUUAAAAAGGUUUAUGUGUGUUGAUUUUUUAAUGAAUUUAAUAUAUCCACAUAUUAGUGUGGUAAUUGAAGCAUUAGCACACACUUACACUGAGAAUAAUAAAAUAUGCAAUAAAAUAUAUAUAAGUUUAAGAACAUGCUUUGGUCAUGAUUUUUGGCUGUAGAUGUUGCUUGACAGCAUACAAAAGUGAAUGAUUUAAACAGCUUCAGUUGAGCUCAAAUUCUGUGAUACCACAAAUUCCCCCUCUAUGAGACACCUCAUAUGUAAGAUAGACAGGCAUUUCCACUGUUGAUUACUGUGUACAAAUAUACUGUCUGUACUUGACAAAUAGAAAACUUU